UUCUCCCGAUUACGACACCCAUCACCACCACUUCUUCCAUCCCUUCCCUUAGAAGCAUUUCUUUGCUCGUCGCACUUCUUUCCCUUUGUCUCUUCUAUCACUACCAAAACACACACACCACAAUGCCUGUAGGCCAACGCUCUUCACGCCUCGGCCGUCGACAGCGGCAACAUGUCCGUUGAGGAGAUGAAGAAGGCUGCCCAGGACAAGGCUGCCGGCGCCGGAACUGGCGAGCGUCGCCGUUCGUCGGUCACGACGGAGAAGGUCAAGCUCAACUCGGGCCACUACAUUCCCCAGGUCGCCCUCGGUGUCUACAAGGCCCCCAACGACGGCACCACUGAGAACGCUGUCAAGUGGGCUUUCGAGGCUGGCUACCGCCACGUUGACUCUGCUGCUCGAUACAUGAACGAAGAGGCCGUUGGACGAGCCAUCGCUGAUUUCCUCAAGAACUCGGAUGUCAAGCGCGACGAGCUCUUCGUCACCUCGAAGCUCUGGGACGCUGACCACGAGCGUGCGGCCGAGGCCAUCGACGAGUCGCUCAAGAAGCUCAACCUCGACUACAUUGACCUUUACCUCAUCCACUCGCCUGGUAACCUUGGUGCUGACGCCCGCAUCAAGGCGUGGAAGGACCUCGAGGCCGCCGUUGACGCUGGCAAGAUCAAAUCGAUUGGUGUCUCCAACUUCGACGUUGAGGAGCUCGACCACCUCCUGGCCGAGUGCCGCAUCAAACCGGCCGUCAACCAGAUCGAGUCGCACCCCUUCUUUGCCCACGAGGAGCUCCGCGAGGCCACCAUUGCCCGUGGUAUCCACGUUCAGGCCUACUCGCCCAUGGCCCAGGGUGCUGCUCUGGAGCGUGAGGAGAUCAAGGCCAUUGCCAACAAGCACGGCAAGUCGCCUGCCCAGGUCCUUCUCCGCUGGGGCCUGCAAAUCGGCAACAUCAUUCUCCCCAAGUCGCUCACCCAGAGCCGCAUUGAGGCCAACGCUCAGCUCUUUGACUUUGAGCUCGACGCCGACGACAUGGAGGUCCUCAACGCCCUCGACGAGGGCAUGAAGAUGGGCAAGCUCGGACCCGCGGGCACCUCGGCCCCCGGCUCUCGCCGCUCCUCCAACUCGGGCGGUGCUGCUGGCGGCAAGCUCCAGAUGACUUCGUCUUAACAAGGAGAGUGAUCGACCCUCCCUUGGGAAGUUGUCUAAUUGCUUCGGUUACCCCUCCGACCCCCUUCCCCCUUCUUCCCAACCCUUUCCCACUCCAGAACCCCACCCUUCCACGUUCACAACUCACAAGAGAAGUUUUGUAAAAAUAAAGACGCAUACGAGGCAACCUA